AUGUUUGAUGUCGGAUAAUGAAAGUGACAGCUACGAUUUCAUUUUCGACGUAUUAUUCAAAAUAUCAUGUCAGAUUUAGUGGCCAAAUGUGUAUUGAGAGUGGAAGUGGACGAUAAAAAGAAGGAAACAGAGUCCCGGGGAGCUGAAGCAGCUCCCCAGGGGGGCGACAAAAAUAAGGGUCGGGGUUCGAGGAAAGCCAGAGAUAUCAGUGUGGAGACUUUUCCUAGUAGAUUGGAAGGUCCUAGGGAAGAUUGGGGUAUUUUACCGCUUUGUUCAAGGGAAACAACCCCUUUAACCGAUAAAGAUCCCUACGAGGAAAAGUCGGAAAUUGGAUUUUUCAGCGGGAAUCCUUUUGUGGAGACUACAAAGGGUAUCCUGCAUCUAUAUAAAGAAGAUGUUAUGAGCAGCAGGGCUGAAGCUCUAACACUUUGUAUCAUUGGUGUACCUACGUCAAUGACUUGCCAUGAUGUUCUUGCUUUUACAGCCCCCUGCCAUGCUGAUAUAGCGCACAUUAGAGUGCUUAGAGAUAGUUCGCCCAAUCAGUACAUGGCUUUGUUAACGUUUAGGAAUCAUGACUCUGCAAUGGAGUUUUAUGUGACUUUUAACGGUAUAGCAUUCAGCAGUUUGGAGCCCGAUAGUAUUUGCAGGGUGGUGUGGGUUUCUAGGAUGGAAUGGGCACAUGAUGGUCAGGCGCCUCCGGGUCAUACUGAGUUGCCCUUAUGUCCUGUAUGCUUGGAGCGCAUGGACGAAUCGGUGGACGGCGUGCUUACGAUCCUCUGCAACCACGCCUUCCACGCCAGCUGCCUCGAGCAGUGGGGCGAUCUAACGUGCCCCGUGUGCCGUUGCGUGCAAAGUCCCGAAGAAGCGGCAACGUCGGAGUGCGAGCGCUGCGGCGACACCGCCCCAUCGCCGGACGCCCUCUGGAUCUGCCUGAUAUGCGGUCACGUGGGCUGCGGUCGCUAUCAAGGCGGCCACGCCGCCACUCACUACAGAGAGACCGGCCACUGCUACGCCCUGCAGCUGGGCUCGCACAGGGUGUGGGACUACAAGGGCGACAAUUUCGUGCACAGGUUGCUGCAAAAUAAAGCCGACGGCAAGCUUGUGGCGGCCGAAGGCCCGCCAUCAGAGGCGGAAUGCGCCCAAGAAAAAGUCGACUCUGUACAGCUCGAGUUCACGUAUCUGCUGACCUCUCAGCUCGACGAGCAGAGGAUGUACUUCGAGGAAAAACUGGCCAAGACUGAAAAUCAUCUCAUGGAUGAGUUGUUUCACCUUAAAGGUAACCUGGAUAAGCUAGCGGAAGAAAACAAAACCCUCAAACAUAACAUCGCCUCCCUAACCAAAGACAAGCAAGGACUGGAGAAGAAAUUAACACAGCAAAACUCCAAACUCGCCGCCACUCUAACCGAUUUGAAUGAAGAAAGACAACUAGGCAAAGCUUUAAAAAACAAUCAGCAACAAUGGCAAGCAAAAUUAAGUAAUGUUGAGGAAAAGUUCAAGCAACUUAAAGAAUCCAAAGAGAAGGAACUGUUUGAUCUGAAGGAGCAAGUCAGGGACUUGAUGUUCUAUAUAGACGCUCAAAAUGCCAUUGAAAAAACUGGCGAGCAAGAAGAUUUUGCGUCUGGUUCUGUCACAAUCGUAGACCCGCCACCGCAGAAGGGCAAAAAUCGCAGGAAAAAACGCUAAAAUCUCUCCUACGUAUCUGCGUAUCAAUAUUUUGUGAUUAUUUACUUUACCUUAAUAAAAAUUUAUUUGCUGGUUUAA